AAUCUACUGUUGGUAUCAGCAGUCUCUCUCCUUGUCCAGGUUCUUCAGGCUCAAGUGCAGAGCCUCUUCCGUGGAGAGGAGGACUUGACAGCCACCUGUGUACAGGCGGAGGAGGUUCUGGAUGGUGAGGUGUGUGCAGCAAGUCUGCAGGCUGAACAGACUCUGAAAGAGAGACUAGGGGAGCUAGCCAGCCUCGGCCUCCCAUGCCAGCCAGAGGAGAACGACCAACUGGACCUCAUGAUGGAAACCGAUGGGCUGAGGAAGUCCAUCCACAACCUGGGGACCAUUGUGACAACCAGUGCUGUGGCAAGCCAAAGUGAGGCCAUGGGUGCAGGCCUGGAGCAGUGCAUUGUGGGAUAUCCUUCCUCUGUUACUAUAGUGACCAGGGAUAAAACAGGUGGCGCUUGCAAGAGUGGCAACGCGAUUCUGUCAGCAGAGGUAUUCACACCAGAUGGCAGCAUAGUCGAUGGCGAAAUACUUGACCACAAAAAUGGAACUUAUGAGUUUGUGUAUACGGUGCCAAAAGAAGGUGAUUUCUCAUUGGCUCUCCGUCUGUAUGACCAACACAUCAAAGGAAGUCCCUUCAGACUGACCGUCACCAGAGCUUCAGAAGUCGAGGUGUCUCCAUCCACCACAACAGCCACCAACUCAGCAGCCAAUGCCACUCCAUCCACGGGCUCCUCUGAAGGGGCUAAGAGACGAGGGAAGUCCCCCGGACAGAAGAAGAAGGGCUCCAAGAGGGCCAGCAGUGCUCUGGGUACCCCUCGACGCAAACCAAACCCAAUAGAAGAUGACCUCAUCUUUAGGAUUGGAACAAAGGGGAGGAACAAAGGAGAGUUUACCAACCUUCAAGGAGUGGCUGCUUCCCCUAAUGACAGAAUUAUAAUUGCUGACAGCAACAACCAGUGUGUACAGAUUUUUUCCAACCAGGGUGAGUUUAAGAGUAGAUUUGGAGUACGGGGGCGGUCUCCAGGGCAAUUGCAACGGCCUACAGGUGUGGCUGUACAUCCCAGUGGUGACAUCAUCAUUGCUGACUAUGAUAACAAGUGGGUCAGCAUCUUCUCCUGUGAGGGAAAAUUCAAGGCAAAGCUUGGCUCUGGUAGGCUGAUGGGACCAAAGGGCGUGUCCGUGGAUCAGAAUGGUCAUGUGAUUGUAGUGGACAACAAGGCGUGUACCGUCUUCAUCUUCCAGCUCACCGGAAAACUCAUUACUAAGUUUGGUAAACGAGGCAAUGGCGACAAACAGUUUGCAGGUCCACAUUUUGCAGCAGUGAACAAGAACAACGAGAUAAUUGUGACCGAUUUCCACAACCAUUCCGUCAAGGUUUUUACUCUGGAGGGAGAGCUCGUGUUAAAGUUUGGCUCUAAUGGUGAGGGAAAUGGCCAGUUCAAUGCUCCCACUGGUGUCGCUGUGGACAUUAACGGAAACAUCAUUGUAGCUGACUGGGGCAACAGCAGAAUACAGGUGUUUGACGGCAGUGGUUCCUUCCUGUCCUACAUCAACCACUUCAGCGGAUCCUCUCUAUGGUCCACAGGGACUGGCUCUGACCUCAGAUGGCACGUCGUCGUUGCAGAUUCUGGAAACCACUGUUUCAAAGUCUAUCGCUACCAUACAAUGAUGAGGAUGGGCGGAGAGAAGGUGGAGAGUCUGGAGAGCUGGUCAUAGAAGGAGAUAUGGUGCACAAUACCACAGUAUUGGAAUUAUUG